ACCAUUUCUCCUGACGGGGUGCAAGUUAGGUGGAACGAUCCCCCUUGCACCAGGGUGUACGCGCGUCACCAAUAAACACAUAGCUGCUCCAUAUCCUUACUGGCUAUAGGGUCUGAUUUCUGCACGUCAGUCUGUCACAUAGGUCUGGGUAGGAACUUACUGGCGUUGGCAGGGCCCUUUCUUGCCACUCCUCUGUUAUUAUCGAUUAAAUCUAUCAAGAAAUCAUAAUGGCUGUUCUCUGUAAAACCAACACGUAACCUUGUUCCUUCUGCAAGCAACCAAGCCCAACACACGCUGGUAGUGUUGGUAGCUUCUACACUGGUAGAAGGGAAGAUAAAUCCCUGCAACGUGCUGAACUGCUGUGUAGAAUGAGCUCUGUUUUAAUCUCGUUCCUCUACGAUGCUCAGCUUUCCUAGCUUCUCCCCUGCCUAAGCACACCCUUCUGUCCCUUGGCAUUAACCAUCACGCACAGCGGGAUCAAAUCUGAGCUCUCCUCCUGCUUCUUUCCAGAAGGAUGAGACAAACAGCAGAAAACAACCAGCCUACACAGCUAACUCGUUUGGGGUUGCUCCGGACGUUUGGAUGUUCCCUUCCAUGGCCCAGGCCAAGCUCGCUGAGCUGCUCCUCCUUUGUGCAGGGGAAGACCGGUGCAGGUGCAAUGCGCUGGCAAAUCCACCUGCAGAAAACACUGCCAUUCCCUUUAGAAACAAAGAAACCACUCUGCCCUUGCUCCUGAGCCUGGUCCCUGCCUCCACCUGCAGGGCUUGGCUAUCCUGGCUCUGUUCAUGGGCCACUAAAUGAAAUCCAGACAACAGAAACAAAAAGAGGCAGAGGACUGGCACUAAUACUUCCCCGUUGGCGGGAAUCUCAACAGAAAGUGUUGUGCUAAAGCUGUGAGGUUCAGGGAACACCCCUAUCAAGGCAAAAGACGUAGUAUGGAAGCUUUGGUUAGUCUUCCGACUAGAAGAAGAGAAAGGACUAUUACCUCCUAUUUUAUUUUUCUUUCAGUCUCUCUCGUCAUGUAGAUCUGAGGAUGACCAAAGCCUGUUGCCCCAAGCAUUGCUGAACCCAUCAAAAUGGUUGCUCAGAGGUAUUGCACCGGCACAUCGCACAGAAGAACUGUGUAACCUAAGUAGCAAGGGGUGAACAAAGGGGAGCGGCUAACAUUCAUUACCUCCUCUAAACUGAUAGUCGUUGGCUUCUUGUCCCAUCCAAAUCCUGGCAAGCAGGAUAACAAAGAUUUAGUGAUGUUUACAACUGUGGUAGGGAUUGCUGGAUACAACCAGCCACCCAAGGCUGAGCACGCUUUCCGAUCCCUUUCGCAAUUCUAGAAAUACCCAGAAGAGCUCCGUGUUCUCUUGCUUUCAUUUCCUUACAUGAACCAUUUUCAAAUGCACGUUGUUAUAGGCUGACACAAGAUCUAGGGCCUAAAGCCACAGCCACAGAGGUGGACACUGGCCCCAGGGCCUGAAUCCAUAUCUACAGCCAGACAGGCCGGCACCAGCUCUGGGGCUUAAAGCCAAAGCCAGAGAAGCUGGCAAGGUCCCUGGGACGUAAGUCCACAGCCAGAGAGGCCGGCACCAGCCCUGUGGCCUAAAAAAAAGGACAGAGAAACUGGCACCAGCCUCGGGGCCUGGAACUACAGCCACAGCUGGAGAGGCCACUAGCAGCUUUGGACCUAAAGCCACAGCCACAGCCAGACAAACCAGCACGGACCCUGGGGCCUGAAGCCACAGGCUCAGCCUGAGAGACCGGCACCAGCUCUGGGGUCUAAAGCCACAAAAAAAGAGGCCAGCACUGAGCCCAGGCCCUAAAGCCACAGCCUGAGAGGCUGACGCCGGCCAUGGGGCUUAAAGCAAAAGCCACAGCCAGGCAGGCCAAAAAAGGCCCUGGGGACUAAAGGCACAGCUUGAAAGGCUUGAAACAGUGCAGGGGCUUAAAGCCACAGCCAAACUUAGAGAGGCCGGCACCUGAAGCCCCAACCAGCAAGGCCAGCACCGGCCCAAGGGCCUGAAGUCACAGCCAGAGAGGCCUACACUGGCCCCAGGGCCUAAAGCCCCAGCCCCAGUCUGAGAAACCAGCACCAGCCCCAAGGCCUGAGGCCACAGCCACACAGGCUGCCAUUGAUCCCAGGGCCUAAAGCCACAGCCCAAAAGGCCAGCACUGGCCCCGAGGCCUAAAGCCACAGCCAGAGAGGCUGGAACCAGGCCAAGGGCCUAAAGCCACAGCCAUGGCACAAGAGGCCAACACCAGCUUUGAAUAUAAAUCCACAGCCCAAGAGGCCUAUACCAGCCCGAGGCCUGAAGGUACAGCCACAGCCCGAGGGGGCUACAUCGGCCCUGAAGCCUAACGCCACAGCCAGACAGACCUGCACCAGCCCCGGGACAUUCAGGCGUGCAUUGCUAUUGGUUUCCAGUGAUUCCUCUGGGACUCCAUUGACCACUAUGAAGCCCUAUUGGUCUUUUCUGUUUUUUAUUGGGCUGCACAAGAGUCGUCUUCACUUCUCCAUUCCUGUUCUUCAGAUAACCCCAUUGGGUGACCCUAAGAUGUGGAGCUGGGAGGCGUCCAUUUCCUUCGCUUAUGAUGAAAGCAGAAGGGCGAUGCGGGCACUCGCUGAGGUCACAACCACUGCUGGGUUGGGAGCGUUUGUGCCACAGCUGGUGAGCAGAGCUGGUGCUCUGGUGAGCGUGCUGCACGCAGAGACUGAGCUCUGGGCCUUCUGUGGAACAGAUCACCCUGCGAGAGCCCGACGGAAGCACCGCGUGUGCACUCGUCGGUACUUUCUGCAGGAUUCCUGUCCCAAAGGAGAUUCCGGGAUCGAGGCGGUCUUAGGAAGAGGGAAGCCAGCUCUUUCCAAGGGCCGGGGAAGUUCCUGCAGAGAGAGCCUCUGGAACUUCAGCUUCCUCUGAGCCUUCAGCAGCCAUGUCUCAGCAAGGAGACGACCGCGGUUCCAAUUGCUGCCGUGUGAGUGGCAAGGUAUGGCUGGGCCUCUUCUGCUUGGUGCUUCCGUUUCCUUGUUUUCAAGGGGAAGGGACGGAGCAGGGGGAGCCCUGCUGGUCCUUGGUGACCUCAGGAACCGGUUGGAUUCAGCGCUCACUGCUGACAGCCUGGGCUAACAACGUGGACGUGGCUCAGGCUGUCUUUUCCCAUAGUGAUAAUCAGUGUCUCAGCACUCUGAUAUCCCAUGUGUGGCACGAUCUGGAACCUCUCUGCAAACCUUGGCUGCCCGUUCCCACCACCGUUUCUCCCUUUCUCUCUUCAGAAGUGGCGCGGUGCGGUUCCCCGCGGUUGGGAGCAGCAGCCAGCAGGCUGCCAGAGAUCCAACCGCGCCUUGCAGCGCACAGAGGGACGCAACAGGGACGGACGGUCCUUCCUGCCAUACAGAAGGAUGGAUCCUGCGCGUCCAUGGAGUGGUGCUGGGCAAGGGGGGAAAUGGAAAGCCUCCGCAGAGAGAGGUGCCGAGCCCAACGGAAAGAUCUACGCAAAAGCGGUGCAGGAAGUCCUUCUGGAGAGAGCUCAUCUCCAGGCUGGAGGGCUUCCUACAACAGCAGGUCCCAACACAGGGGGAAGACCUUCCCCUGCUGUGUGCCCCCGCUCUGUCUCCAAGUCCUUGGCUGGAUGUAAACGCAAGGGCUUGGAAGAAGCGAAGCCAACAGCAGCGCAGCUGCCUGCUAACAAAAGAGUGAGGGGGCCGAGCGGAGACAGCGUGCCAGCUCCAGCAGCACACCCUGGGCCUGCUGCAGCGCGGAGCUCCAAGCUAAGAGCGAGAAGACGCCAAGAGAAAGAGAGGAGAGGGGAAUCGAUGAAGGCUGCCCUCAGAGCUGCCGCUGCACGUGCAGAGGCCUCCGCAGUGAACAGCCUUGUGGAGAUGAUGCAGAAGCUGCAGCUGAAGGACUGAGAGGAGGAGCGUCAGCAGGCAGCGGCUGCAGUGCGCGGCGUUACAGGGCAGCGCUGCGAGUGCUGCCCACCUCAGCACUCCAACUUCAGAUGGAGUCAAUAAA